CAUGUGCACUGCCCCUUUAAAUGAGGGGCAGGGUCAGUCCAUGAUACACAAACACAGCAGUGCGCAUGCGCUGUACUCUGGAGCAGCGGAGGAGCGAGGGACUGCUAAUGCGCAUAACGGAGACAAGAAAUCGAUAAAGCACUGAAACAGACUUGCAGGAACCAUGGGGAGUGUGUUCCUGCCGGCGAACGCAGCCCACUCCGUGCUGCGGCGGCUGCGCAGGGCCAACUUCAUGCUGGAGGAGCUGAAGCAGGGUGACAUCCAGAGAGAGUGCCGCGAGGAGAUCUGCACCUAUGAGGAGGCACGCGAGGCUUUUGAGAACAAUGAGAAGACGAGACGGUUUUGGGAGGAAUACGUGCGGGAGAGUAGUCCAUCUGGAGGCCUGGAGACGGUGGUAGGUGGAGUCCACUCUCUCUACUUGAUCGUGCCAUUGCUGCUGGUUGUGUUCAUUAUCGCCUCCGUCGCCAUCACGGUUUGGCGCUGCCACUCCCGCAAACGCUCGCGGCGCAGCCCCAGCCUGGGACAUUCGCGGCACGACCACGUCCUGUCAGUGGUUUCUAUGGACCAUUGGGGGAGGGAUUACCACCACGGUGACCAAUCAGAACUCAGUAUCCACAGCAGCCCAGCUUAUCCAGGCUCGGAGGUCACGUCGGGGAGAGGAAGUGCUGGAGAUCCGCCGCCAUCAUAUGAGGAGGCUGUGGGCCACACGGACGUCCAGAUUGAGACAGAGCCACCUCCACAGUAUGAGGAUAUAGUUACCACCAGCACGAGUAGUGCCAACGGCCAUGCAAAUUAAACCUGCCUUUCACUACUACUCCAACAAAAGCCUACUAACCUACACUAAGACUUAUCCUCUUACAAUGCCACUGUUGUGGUAUCACCAGCCUUCCUCCUUCAACACACAGAAACACUAUUAACUGUACAGUCAAUGCAAUCUUUGCUAGAGUCAGUGCUGCUGAAUUUUGCACUAACCUUUAUUCAUUGAGGUGAGGCCAUGGCACGAUUGAUCAAAUGAUGAUGCAAUUCCAAAACCCAGCAGCACCACUGCUGAAUUUCCUGAUGUUGAAUCUAUGCUAUCACACUGUAGCAUUUUUUUAACUGUGCAGGCAAAACAAAUGUUGCAUGUAGUGAAAAGAAGAACAUGUAAUGUGAUAAUGAGGGACAAUUAUUCCGAGUGUACACGAGGGUUGGGCCAAUGCUUUAUUGAAGGUUAGUGCCAAUUUUUAGACAUUUUUAGACAUGUCAACUUUUAUAUUUGACCUAUUUUGUCAAAACUAAGUACUCACUGUUUUCCCCCAGUUUUGCCUACUGCCCUUAUCCAGCAACAGCACUUAUAUCAUGAAAUAUUGUUUCCAGUGGAAUUAAGACUAAUUAAAGUUGAAGUUAGCUGUUUUAGGCCAUUAGACUGAAAAUCUAUAACACAUUCAAAAACAGGUUUGCCAUCUGUUAACUUUCCCUGAGAGAACUGCAAACAAUUAUAUAAUCAUCUCUUCCAUGUCUGACAUUAAAUCCACAGAAUGUAAUUUUGAUCACUAGGGGUCCCCCGAAAUUGUAUCCCAGCUUAUCUUUUUUUAAGAUGCAUAUGUCAAACACGGACCAGGUUUCUUAAAAACUCCUCUCACUGUAGCAACACUUCAGCAGUGGCAACUGCUGCAGUGAAGUAGAAAGCAGUAUGUGCAAGUAAAAGCACUUCAGCAUUUCUGUUCCCCUUUUCCAUUCCUAUUUCUUCUUUCAUAAACAAGGUUUUUGUUGUGAAAUAUUUGCAGGACCAGCAUGUUUGUGGUUUUAAACAAGAGUUCUGGCAUUUUAUUGGCUACAGAGGAGGAUUUUAAGUAUCGACUAGAAAUAUGGAUUUCUAUAGAUUCAAAAACAUUUUGGCUAAUAUAAGUAGCCUACUCAAGAAAAUACAGUAAAUAACAGUCUUGUAAUUUUUAAAUGUUUUAAUGCAGAAAUGUCACCAGAGCAUGAGUCUUAGCUGUGCUGUCUGCAGUUGCAUACUGGGGGGAUAGUAAAGGUAGUAUAAUCCAUAACUUGAUUCAGAACUAAUGUUUUGUUUCCAACAUGAUGGUAAUCAACAUAUUUGGUCUAUUUCACUGCAGAUGUGAUUGUAAAAUAGUCACGACACAAGCAGUUGUCAGACAUUAAUAAGUUUACACCUGGCCCUAUCAUUAAAUAGAAUAAUCAUUUUGUAAUUUGUAUGUUAUAGUGUUAAUUGCGAGUAGUCAAUAAUGCACCUGCAGCAGUGGAGAUGGUUUGGAUUGUUGACAUUUGUAUGGUUUGUUUUGUUUCAGAAUCUAUACGCCUGCAACUGAGAUGUAACCAUACUGAAGAAAACAAUGAGUUAAAACAGAGAUGCACAACAUAUAACACUUCCAACAUUACAGUGUCUAAUUGUGAAGGUUUCAAAUGCCAAAAUAAUGCAUUGGCCCAACUUGGGUGUAUUUAUGAAUACAUAUAUAUAUAUAUAUAUAUAUAUGUAUAUGUGUGUGUGUGUGUGUGUGUAUAUAUAUAUAUAUACACACACACAUAUGAGAAGGCCAUCACUUCUAAACGGGGUGCUGAAGUAAAUUUUUGUGAACGUGUGGUUAUAUGUGCUUAUAAUUUAGUAAUGCAUGCAGCAGGGUCUGAACACCUGAAGGUUGGGUUUAGUUGGGCCUUGUUGUUGGUCUGUGCUCGCUUGUCCACGUCUGGCCUCAGAUCCUGCUUUAACUGUGAAAGCUCUCCCCUCGAGCAGUUCUUUGACCAUGUAGUUGUUUGCUGUGCUGCCUUUGUUGAAAGUGCACUGAGGAUUCUUAAAACAGGUUUGCAGCAACACAGUAAAUGUGAGUUUUGGAGUGACUUGCACAGGAAUAUGGGACAUGAAGCAAUAGAGACUGAAGCUUUUUGGCAAACGGGUGGAGUUAGAGGGGAGAGGCUCUGUAUUUGAUGUCUUUAUGGAGACAGUCCAUGUUUAGCAUGUGUAAUGUAUCUAUAAAUAAUGUACAGCGCGUGUGUGUGUGCAAAAGUAAAUUACAGUGAGGUUGUUUUUCUCAAUAGGAAAAGCAGUGAGUGCUGUGAAUUAAUUAAGUAAAGAUUAUACACUAGGUUGGAAUAAAAGAAGGCACUUUGCAUUUAAGCUCUGACUGAGCUGUUUAACGAGAACAAGGAGUUUGGCUUGAGUAUAUCAUGGAUUUUAGUGAUAACUUCACUAAGUCUGUGGAAAAAGACCUGCUCAAUAUGCAAAUCAAUAUGCAAUAUUACUGCAUACACUCAGUAAGCCAAAUAUUUGUUUAACUUUCAUUUGAUACAGACAUGUCACGUUUCCUGAUUAGACCUCUGAGGCUUUGAGCACUGGUUUUUCUUAAAUGUGAGUUGACCUUUUGAACCUCAGCACUUGCUAUGACAUUGAACUAAGUUGUGCUGGUUGGGGAAGCCAUUUUGUUGUGGUCAGUUUGACUACUACUUACAGAGGCUUGUUUUUACAUUGCUUUAUAAAACAGAGGAAAUGUUUAACAUCAAAUGCAAAGGACCUUGUUAUAAAUCCUUUAUCUGCAAAAGCUUGAAUUCAUUUGUAAUAAAAUAUCAUAAAACAUG